GAUACGAGAUGGAAACUGAUACGAGACAUAUGCGAAACUCCCUGGCAUGGCGGGAGGGGAUGGGGCAUCGGUUUGCUGAUGUUCUCCAGCAAAAUAAUUGGUAUGUUAAGGAGUCAGUCUCCGAGGAUAUGUAGCUCAGGCGGAGAGAGCAGAAGAUGAUGUGCUUGACCAGGACAACUUUGAUCAGAAAUGCCAUCCGAUUCUCUUCACUGCGGCAAAAAAGAUAAAAUGACGAAGGGAAUGGAGGUCAGCUUUGGUGGUUUAGGGGUUGGGACGAAGGGUCUCUUUCUUACCAUUAUCGAGAAGGCUGAAUGUUUUGUGGGCUAGACACGGAGAGAUCCAAAUCUUCGACAAGAGAAACGGGUGCUUGCUGGUGAGAUUUCACCACCAGCAUGACUAUGAGUUUGCUACAAUGGGAGGUUUGUGGCUGCUAGGGAAUACCUAUCUCACGGUCCGUCGUUGGUUUAAAGGGUUUAAUCCUUGGAAAACUAAGGUGGAAUCUACGCUUAUCUGGGUACAGCUACUAGAACUGUCGAUCGAGUUUAUCAAUAAGGAAGUUGUGAUGAGGAUAGUAGAGACAAUUGGCAAACCGUUUUGUGUUGAUAGAGCGACGGAACUAGGAGCAAGAGGCAAGUUUGCGCGGGUAUGUGUGGAAGUGGACUUAACCCGGGCCCUCCUAUCGCAGUACAAAAUUGAAGGUAUUACCUAUGUGAUACAAUACAAGGGCUUGGAGAAUAUUUGUACUAAUUGUGGUACCUAUGGCAAGCCAACUUCAGACAGUCAUUGACUAAAUCCAAUGAUAUGGAAGAGGAGGAUGGAUAGGUAAAGAAAGCGGAAAAUGUGGAGGAUCCAACACAUGGGCAAAUAUAUGGGGAAUGGAUGGUUGUUAAGAAAAGAGAUCGACGUCCAACAAAGAGAGAUGGGAGAGGACGAGUUUCUUUGGAAAAAGUGGGAACAUAUAACCGAUAUGAGGUUCUAGAUGGUGAUCUGGAUGCGGAGGGGAUAGUGAGGGAGACUUCUGCACAUGAAGAUUGUGAGAAGGAUGAGAAGAUACCCUUGCAUGGCGAAGACGUGGGGAGAAAUAAGGAGGGAUUUGAUGUGCAUGGGGAGAAGCAUAAUCAUGAAGGUGGAAAAUUUAUAAUAAUAACCAAGGAAAGAAGAAGAGUAACCUGGACCAUGGUUCAAGUACUAUUUCAGGAAAGGUGGGCGAAUGAGGUUCUGAUCAAUUCUAUGGCGCAAACCCCACUAACAUACACAAUGUCAGUAUUCAAAGUGUCAGACGGAAUCAUUGAUGACAUCCAUAGCCUUAUUACGACAUUCUGGUGGGGAAAAGGGGUGAGGAGAAACACAUUCCAUGGAUUGCGAGGGAGUCGUUGAUUUGUAGGAAGCCUGAUGGAGGUAUGGGCUCUUUUUAUCUCCGAGGUUUCUACGUUGCCCUCUUGGCCCGACAGCUAUGGAAUCUCUACCAAAUACCAACUUCUCUUGUCGCCUGCAUUCUUAAGGCAGAGUAGCAUAAGCAUGAUUCGAUUUUGGACAUGAGUUUAGGCCAUCGACCAAGCUAUGUGUGGCGUAGUCUGCUUAGUGCACAAUAAUUUUUGGUGAGUGGCCUUCGUUGGAGAAUUUGAAAUGGAGCUUCGGUAAGAAUUUGGGGUGACAUGUGGCUACCCUCAACGAAGGAUUUCUUGGUCCAAUCAGCACCGAGGGGCAUUCCUGAAGACUUUAGGGUUGGGAAACUGAUUGACGAGGAGACUGGACGAUGGGAUAACACAUUAAUUGAGAGUUGUUUCCCUUCUAAUAUGGGGAAAUCUAUAAGGGGUAUCCCUCUACGUGGAGAGCAUGAGGUGGACAAGAAGAUAUGGGGUGACAGUAGAGAUUGGAACCAUAUUGCGAGGGAUGUCUACCGGGACAUGGUUAGAUGAGCUCCAAAGCUUGCAGGGUGCAAUGGCAGUGGGUGACCUGACAAUGUGGAAGCACAUCUGGUCAAUGAAUACCCCAUCGGAGGUCCGCAUAUUUAUGUGGAGGUUUGCAAGGGAUUCCCUGGCUACGGGUGACCAUGUAAGUGCAAGAAGCCAACGAAGGGGGGACGCGUGCCCAUUUUGUAACUAGAAGGAAACUCAAGUUCAUAUUUUCUAUGAAUGUGAGUGGACUAGCAGGUUGUGGAGGGUCUCCCCAACGGCUGGCCUCUUCUCUAUGAGGGAAACCUUGACAUGCUUGGAGUGGGAGAGAAAGGUAGCGGAAAUUGUUUCGGCAUAGGAGUUUGAAGACUGGCAUAUGUGUUAUGGAUGUUGUGGAAAGAAAGGAAUGCUCACUUGUUCAAUGGGGUGAAGCUACAUGAGGAGGAAAUUAUUCCUAGAGUUGUUUCACAUCUUGAUGAAUAUCAGCAAAGACAGGCGAGGGCCGAACCAAAUGCCCGAGACAGCUUGGAGAAGCGAUGGACAUAGUCGGCGGAGGGGUGGAUAAAAGUUAAUACAGACGUGGGAGUUUUUCCAACGGGAGUAGGACUUGGUGUGGUAAUUCGAGAUCACAGUGGGCACUUCCUCAUGGAGGCGGCGAAGAAGUAGCUGGGGGUACAAGAAUUGGAGAAAGGUGAGGUUUAGCGGCGAAACUUGACAUUCAAUUAGCUCAACAACAUAACCUGGGCACCCCAAUCCUCGAGCUUGACUGUCAAACCAUAGAAAAGGCAAUAAAGGAAGCGGACUCCAUACACACGGAGUUGGGGACAAUAUGUAGGAGCAUAAAGCGAUUGUUGAAUGCGGAUCCUGAUGGGAGAACGAGACAUGUUAGUAGAUCAGCAAACAUUGCAGCACAUAUUAUGGCGCAUAUGGAGACUCGAUGGGAGAGGCUGAGGUGUGGUUUGAUCGACCGCCCAUUUUUUUAUUAAUCAGCUGAAACUUGAUGAUGUAACUGUGUCAAUUAAUCAAUAAAGCUAAGCGUAUGUUUCUAUAAAAAAAUAUUACAAAUUAAAAUAUAUACAAAAUAGUCAUAUAAACAUUUCAAAUAUAAUAGAAAAAAAUGACAAACAAUAAUGAUAAACAAUAUAAACCGAAUUGAUAUAAACAUUACAAACCAGACUUACAAAUGUUACUAAAUAGAACAACAAACAUCAUAAAACUGCCAUUGUCUCCGGAAUAAUCUUCCAUCGUCGAAAAAUUCUCAUCGCGACUGAUUUUUUUUGCCGCCACCGAAAAAUCAUCGAAUUUCUCUCUCUGGCCAAAAGGCCCCCUGGGAAGAGUUCCCCACUUCCCAGAAAAGGGACAGCGGAGCUCUCUGGCCAAAAAAGACAAGGCGCCGCUGGCGCUGAGAGGAUUUCCCAUAAAAGGUCGCCGGAGUUAGGGACGCCUGGUUGGGGGAGGGGAAAGGAUGUAGGUUAAUUUUUGUAAAAGAAAUUAUUUAAUAAUUA